GAUUUCAAGAUGGAGUAGUGUAGUAUUGUAUUGAAAGUUUUCGUAUUAAUUAAUUCGUUUGCUUCAAUUAUCCUCCCCAUACUAUUACCUUGUAAUGGGCAUCGCUUUACAAGUCAAUUUGCAGAGAAAGAAAUCAUGGCAGAAUCAGUAACUGGAGGAUCAACCUCACGUCAACAUAGACCUUGGGAGACUAGCAAGAGUUUUGCAUCUGCAUCGGGGGAAGCAAGUCCAACCUCACUAGUUGAAAUCUUAGACACAGCAUAUAGUUCUGAAGUCGACCAACCAUCAAAUGACUGUAUAGGUGACAUGGAGCUUGAUCCUCUGUUUGCUGACAGUGAUGGAGGGGAAGAUGUAGAUGUGGUAGAGCCUUCCUCAUCAUGGGUCCAGUCUGACCAUUACGCCACCUCCACAUGGUCCCCUGCUUUUUAUAACCCUGAGUAUCAAGACUCCUUUGAGGCUCGUCGCAAACGCUCACUUGAGACUGAUGCCUUUUUGAAACCAAAAAAGUCAAAUGAAAGGACAGGGAUUGAUUCAGGACCUGGACCCUCAUCAAGAUCAACUCCUGAAGUACCUCGUCAGGUGGCUGUGGUUCCUCCUACAGUACAAGGAGGGGCCAGGAAGAAGUCACACCAGCGCAUGAGGAGGCUGUUCCAACAUGAGCACAGCAAUAGCUCUGCUCAAGUCAAGGUUGAACCCUCCUCUGGCUCUCAGACCUCAGCCUCUCCUAGGCCAGGUGCAAGUCGACCAGAAGAAGGACCCUUGGCUCCAGACCUACAGUUAGAUUGGCUUUCAUCUACAGAGAGUGACGAUGACAGUGGAAUAGAAGUGCUCAGUGUACAAUACAACACCAAUAACAGUUCUACUAGCAACAACAACAACCAUAAUAACUCUGGCAGCAGCAAUAGCAGUAAUUCACGGCCAGUACAAGUGGUAGAUCUGACCCAGGAGUCUGAUGAAGAGAUGCUGUAUCAGCCCACACCUCCACCACCAUCUCGCCAGCCCCUACAGCCUGCUCCUGGACCACCACCUCUGAUACGUCUGCGUCUGCCUUCAUGCCGCUACCAACCUCCACCCUCCCCUACUGAGCAGCUGUCCUACAUACCUGCUGCCUGCAUACACGCACCUCCUCACCCCACCACGUGGUUGCCUCAUACGUUCACCUCAGCACCACCACCACCACCGCCACCACCUCCACCACUUGAUGCGGGAAUGCCUCAUGGAGCUGGUUUCCCAGGAUAUUUCCCGUCCACUCCGCCCAGACUGUAUCCUGUACAUCAACAGCUGUGGCAGUCACAGCAACGCAUGCAGGAGUUACAGAGGCGACAGCUCGCUCCCCCUAUCCACAGUUUCAGGCACCAGGACAUGAUAACCAUGCAUCAUCCCAAUCAUCUGCAUGGACAUGGACAUACGACUGCACCUUUUUCUCACCCUCACCCCCACUCUCAUCAACCCCCUCUACCUGUGCCUCAACAGCCCACUGUGUACAGCAGGCCAGAAGUGGUGGGCCACCCUCACCCGACCAUACAUCAUGUGAUGGCACCAAGUGAACCAUUGGACCCUCUACCAGUGCAGACUGAGAUUGUAGUACAGACUCCACCAGCAGGAGAGAGUAAUCACCAGCACAUACAUCACUAUGUCCACCAUUACCACCAGCCAGGCCAUCGCAUGCAUCACCUCCACAUCAGUAUCGGACCGUCAGUCAGUCGGGGAGAGCUUGUGUUCCCGCCUGUACUGCCUCCUGAGUUGAUGCCGUUCCCCAUGCUGACUCGCCACAUGUACCGUCUGGAGGAUUACAUGCGGGUAGUGGAACAGCGAAGACUGGCAGCAGUCAACAGAGGAGCCACACAAGAUACCAUUGAGCGCUUCACCUUCCCUCACAAAUACAAGCGGAUUAAACGUGCUACAGAUGAGCUUGAAGACAAUACAGAAAAAUGCACUAUAUGUCUUUCAGAGUUUGAAGACUCAGAAGAUGUUAGGAGACUACCUUGUAUGCACCUGUUUCACGUAGAAUGUGUGGACCAGUGGCUGUCAUCCAACAAACGGUGUCCUAUAUGUCGGGUAGAUAUCGAGACCCAUCUCAACAAAGAUAUUGCAGCUCCCACCUGACCCCACGACAAACUUAUAUAAAUUUAGUGCAUAUCCAAAAGCAAUCAGCUAGCCAUUGGCUAAUAGCCUUUUCACAAAAUACAUUUUUAGUAAAUAAGUAUUUCCAAUUAUUUGAUAUGAUUGGUAUUGUAAUGAAAUUUCUCUUUGUGUUUCCUCUUUUAACCUGAAGGCACCAAGUCUACUAUUUACAAGUUAUUCCUGACCUCAUUUAUUUAUAAUGGUUUAGGAUGCUGCGUAUCAUAAGUGUAAUAUAAGUGAAUUUCAUGCAAUAUAUAAGAGAGGGUUAUGUAAAAGAUAUUCAUUAAUUUGAAGAAACAUUAAUUGUUACUAUUUAGUAUCUAUUACCUACACACUUUUCCCUGAUCAAAAAUUUUACAACUCAGGGUAAUUGUAAUAUUGUUUAGAUGGGGUGUUGCUCUUUGAAAUUAUUUUUUCCGAGGGUAAAAAAGUGAUUUUGAAUGUAUGAUUUUCUACUAGUACAGUAACAGUACUGUUUACAGUACAUUACUAGUACAGUAAUGGUAAAAACAAUUUCUAUGUUGAAUUAACGUAUACAUUAUUGGCUAGUUAUACAGUUAACUGUAUUUUUGUGUUUUUUGUUUCUUGGCUCUAACUGGAGCCAAGUUUGAAUAAAUAAUUUAUGUACCUAUAUAGCAUUAUAAUUUGUGAUCUGUGAUAGUCAGUAAUUAAUACCUUAUUAAGUUAUUUUCAUGUAAGUUUCAAACAGGUGUAAUUUUAAAUAUAAUAUUAAUUCAUUUUGAAAGCUUGUGACUAUAUUCUGGUUGUUGUUUUAAAUGAGUUUUUUGUGCAUUGUUUUUACUCUUUGUAAACAUACGUACCAUUUUUAAAUCUGUGUUUUUAUUAUUUGAGUUGAAAUUGUGGUUUUCAUUAGAAGAUAAAUAACUAAAAACAUAGCAAUAACUUGGGAGAAAGAAUAUUUUUGUAGUAUUAAGUUUGUGUUGUGUAGUCGAGUAUGGAAUUAUUUACUGAGGAGUGUAUAAAGUACAAAGUUCUUUUUAAAAUUUCACAGUUUGUGAUUUGUCAAAAGUUGUAUUUAUCGUGCCCCUUUACAUAAUUUUUACUGUAACCAUACUAUACUCAUCAAAGUUCUUAGUUCUUAUACUGAUGUUAUAAUUUAAAAAACAAAUUUGUGAAUUAUACUUGCUGGCAAGUCUUUUUAGGAAUUCAAACUAAGUAAAAUCCUGUUUUAUGGAAACCACGUGAUGAUAAUAAUAAUAACAAUGUUUAAAAAUUAA